GUUUUGUGAUCCAACUCUUGUUACCCCUCGUUCGACUCCGUAUCUAUCAUCGGCAUCGACAUAGCAAGAUGAGCGCGCCCUGCGUUGUUUUUUCUGUGCUCGUGACCCGCCUUUGCGAGGUCGUUUGAUGGUUUGAUUUCAACUUUAUCACAACGCACUACCAAAGAACGGAGGAAGAAGAGAUUGCUACGUUUACUGCGUUAAUUCAUGGUGCACUUCUCAACUUCUGACUGUUCGUGUAACAAGGACCGACUUACUUAAUAUUCCCGCACGUGCGAUCGCCAUGUGAUACUGUGAUCUCCACAGACCUUCAAGGGAAUCGGCUAGUAUGUCAGGGUUUGGCGGUCUCAAGCAUACUUUACUGUGCUUAUCGAGAGGACUUUUGAUGAAUCCUACAGCCGUCAGGUCGGUCGUAACAGAGGCGAGAAGACUGUACUGCUCGCCGAGCUGUUCAGUACUGAACCGGUACACAUGGAGAACGCACACCUGUGGAGAACUGAGACCCGUGCAUCGAGGAAAACAAGUGACGCUGUGUGGGUGGAUCCUCUUCAAAAGGAUGGACAAGUUCCUGAUAGUCAGGGAUGCGUACGGAAUUACGCAAGUGGUCAUUCCCGAUGACGAAAAAGCAGCGUCAACUCUUCUGGAGUCAUUGCCAUUGGAGUCUGUAGUUCAGAUAACUGGAGAGGUUGUAGAAAGACCACAAGGACAGUGGAAUGAGAAUCUUCCAACUGGGAAAAUUGAAGUUCUCUGCAAGGAGUUAAAAGCUUUGAACAAUGCAAAAGUGGACCUACCUUUCCAUGUUCGAGAGUAUCAGAAGAAAAAAGAGGCACUUCGGAUGCGGUAUCGCUACUUGGAUUUACGAUCCUCAGAAAUGCAAAGGAACCUGAGGUUCAGGUCAGACCUUCAGAUGCGCAUGCGAAACUUUUUGGUUCAGUCGUGUGGUUUUGUGGAGAUUGAAACUCCAACACUGUUCAAGAGAACUCCUGGGGGAGCACAGGAGUAUGUGGUGCCAACCAGAUUUCCUGGCCAGUUCUACUCUCUUGUGCAAAGUCCUCAGCAGUUCAAGCAGCUGCUGAUGGUGGGAGGGAUAGACCGCUACUUCCAAAUGGCCCGCUGUUACCGGGACGAGGGGGCUCGCCCGGACCGACAGCCAGAGUUCACACAGGUGGACAUUGAGAUGUCUUUCGCAACGGCAAAUGACAUAAUGGAAGUUACGGAGGAGCUGUUGGUCAAGAGUUGGCCGGAGGAUAUGACUCCGAUCACCGAGCCAUUUCCCAUCAUGACGUACAGAGAUGCCAUCCGGCAGUACGGUACUGACAAGCCCGAUUUGAGGUUUGGAAUGCAGCUUGUCGACGUCACGCAAGUCAUGAAGGAUUGUGACCUCAACUUCAUCUCCAAGGCAACAUCUGCUGAGGGCUCUUCAGUGCAGACAAUUGUUGUGCCUGGUGGUGCUCGUGUGUGGAAACGGGUUCAUGCGGAAGCCUUCAAGGACAUUGCAAAGCACCAUUUCGACCUCCAGGGCAUUGUGGACAUUCAGGUAUGUGAAGACAGUACUGUUAAGUCAUCGAUCAAGAAGCACCUGACCCCUGAGCUAACCGGGAAACUGUUACAACGACUUCAUGCAAAACCGGGAGACUUGAUACUGAUGUGUGCUGGCAACACAGAGAAAGUGUGCUUGCUCUUGGGGAAGCUUCGACUGGAGGCAUUGAAAAUCCUCUCCGAAGCGGGAAUUCAUCUCCUUGAGCCAGGAACAUUCAAGUUCUUGUGGGUUGUUGACUUCCCCCUGUUCAAGCUUGAGGAAGAUGGGGGAUUGAAAGCAAAUCACCAUCCAUUCACUGCCCCACACCUUGAUGAUUUACAUCUCAUCCACACAGACCCACUGAAGGCCAGGGGUCAGCACUACGAUUUGGUGCUGAAUGGCUGGGAAGUUGCAGGCGGCUCUGUGAGGAUCCACAAUGCACACCUGCAGCGGCAAGUUCUACGGGAAAUUUUGAAGGAGGAUGAUGCACAGCUCAGUCACCUGUUGGAGGCCUUGGAGUCAGGAGCGCCACCUCAUGGAGGAAUUGCUCUGGGUCUGGAUAGAUUGGUGUGCAUCUUGUGCAACAGCCCAAGCAUCCGGGACGUCAUAGCAUUUCCCAAGUCGGUGGAAGGCAAGGAUCUCAUGUGCAAUGUACCUGCUCGCAUCACACAAGCAGAGAUGGACCUCUAUCACAUACGUACCGUGGACUAGAAUAAAUUACAAGUAUAGUAGUG